CAGGAGCUGCUUAUUAAUCCCUUGCCUUUCCGUUCCGUUCUCAUCAAUAUUCCAGUGACUCACCGGCGUGUGAGGAAGAUUGCCCGACGUCGUCAGCAUGUCAGCAGCGCCCCCCUAUUUCUAUCGUCACACAAACCUAGCACGCCGGACAACCGUCGCAGCGAUUGUGGAACCAAUCAACGCCACGUGAAUGAACAGCAGCCAGUGCAGCCCGCUGCUACAGUGGUGAGCCUACAAAGUUCUCAUGGUUCUGAUUUGAUUAUCCUAUGAUAGGGGUUUUCUUCUCACGAGGCGGCUGUAGUCUCGCCGUUGGACUUGAUGCUAUAUGCCUUGAAGAAGUCGGCGUCAUUAGACAGUUCCUCCUUGACCUGUAACCUGGUUAGUCGGCGUGACCCAUAUAGCAGAAGAAACAGGCGACAGGAGGAAAACAUACAAUAUCAAGCCCUCCGACCAGCUCGCCGUCAACCCAGAGCUGGGGAUAAGUUGGCCAGUCGGCAAACUCUUUGAGGCCCUGGCGCACUUCAUCGUCGGCCAGGAUGUUGAAGAAGCCAUACUUGACGGCGUUUUCCCGCAGAAUAGCUACUAGCUGCCGAGAAAAGCCGCACUUGGGCUCGCUAGGAGUGCCCUUCAUGAAGAGCAUCACGGGAGCAGCCUUCACAAGAUCUCCCAGACGCUUGAAGAGCUCCUCCUUAUUCUUCUCUGGAUCCUCGGUUGCCACCUCACCAUCAUGGCCGUCAGUCGCAGUCGCAGCGCCAUUCAAAACUGGGGCGCCGGCCUUGGCGGCAUGGGCUUCGAUGGCAUUCCGCACCUUGACGGCGCUGCUUCCACUGACGGUUUCCAGCACCUGUCCGUUGCGAAUAAGGACAAGAAAUGGAACGGCUGUCACGUUGUAGGUUUCGCUAAUAUCCGAAAGAUCCUCUGCGUUGAUCGACACCCAUGAUGUGGACGGUGGUUCAGUGACGGGAUACUCGCUCGCCAGCGUCGACAGGACGGUCGCCAUUUGCGUGCAUGGAGCGGCCCAUGGCGCAUGGAAAGAGACCACGAGGAGAGUGGAAGGCGGUAGUGAGGUGACGUGAUGUUCCCAGUUCGAAAGACUGGUGAUUUCGCGAAUAGUCGACAUGUUGUUGUAUUGGUAGAUAUUCGAGCGGGUGACGGGGAGACCAAGACUCGCAAGGCGUGGCUGUCGGUGUGCAAUGUUCUAUGAGGUGAUCUCAAAAGUUCAAGUGGCUCAGGCAAACCGAACAUUCUCCAAACAGUGCCGAGCAUUGCCCCUCCAUGAACUGCGAUAAAGCUGGGGCCGAUGGCGGAUGACCCCGCAGUCCGCUAAUAUGGGCCCUGAUUGGCCAGAGAUCUGUUGCGUCAUUUGGGAUUGUCUCCUACACAGUAGGUACCUUUAACUCCGGCCAAGACGGAAGAGAAGCGUGCCUGGAAGCUCCCGUAAGACCGACAACCCGAUGUACUUAUUUGUGGUAUCUUUAAAGCUUUUUAAAGCAUACCUAGGUGCCGAUUGCAAAGCUCGAGACAGACUUGCGGAUGCUAAGCAUGGUGGCUGGGGUUUGAUGCAAGCUAAUUGCAUCGUCAACACUUCGCCGGUUGCAGGUCGCACCUUCGUGCACCUUCAACAUCAAUGAACCAUGACACGUGCUUUCCAGCUCAGCAGGUGUAGAGCCAUCCAUUAUUAAAGGUCGAGGGACUCGCAGCCAAAGGCAAGGUCGUCGCGUCUGUGUUGUUUUCCGCCCCUUUCCAUCAUCUACUAGCGACAAGAGCUUGCCUCUCCAGCCUCCCCAUUCUGCAGAAGACCCUUUCACCGUCUUUCCCUCAUCUUGCUCCGCAACUGACCUACUAAUUCACAUCCUCCUUUGAGAUCUUGAAACUCUCCAACCUAGUCACCUGCCCGGAUCGGAAACCUACUUAUCCUCGCAGACUUACACAAUGUCAGCUGCCGAAUACUAUCAACAAGGCCCACCGCAACAGAGCUACGCCUCUCCGCACCCACCACCACAGGCCUACCCUCAAUAUCCCCAACCGUCCUACGGAGGCCCUCCACCACAACAAGGGUACUACCCACCGCAGGGGCCGAUGCAGUAUCAGCAACAGGCACCCCCGACGAAGAGCAGCGGUGGCGGUGGUUGUCUUAAGGGCUGUCUAGCAGCCAUGUGCUGCUGCUUCUUAUGCGAAGAGGGCUGCGAAUGCUGUGCAGACUGUUGUGAGUGCUGCAUGGAGUGUUGUUAA